GCGCUGGAGGCCGCGACCGGUGGGAGACGGUGUCGUGGCAACUCCGAGGGCCCCGGAGCGGGCGCCUAACGUCGCGGGACGAGCAGCGCGGCCUGCUCCGGCGCCCGGACGCGGGAGGAGAGUCACAUCCGGCGGGGGCGGGCCUCGCGGACCCCGGAAGUGUGGGCGCGGCUGCGGCUUUCCCGCGGCGGCGGCGGCGGCCCUCAGGGAAAGAUGGAGACCCUGAAAGAUAAGACCCUGCAGGAGCUGGAGGAGAUGCAGAAUGACCCGGAGGCGAUUGACCGGAUGGCUUUGGAGUCCCCUGAGGUCCAGGACCUGCAGUUGGAGCGAGAGAUGGCACUAGCCACCAACCGGAGCCUGGCUGAGCGGAACCUGGAAUUCCAGGGACCCCUAGAGAUCAGCCGCUCAAACCUCUCAGACAAAUACCAGGAGCUGCGGAGGCUUGUGGAACGGUGCCAGGAACAGAAGGCAAAGCUGGAGAAGUUCUCCUCAGCAUUCCAGCCAGGGACCUUGUUGGACCUUCUGCAGAUCGAAGGCAUGAAGAUCGAGGAGGAGUCUGAGGCCAUGGCUGAGAAGUUCCUGGAGGGCGAGGUGCCCUUGGAAAAGUUUCUAGAGGACUUCUCCUCUAUGAGGAUGCUGUCCCAUCUGCGCCGGGUCCGAGUGGAGAAGCUCCAAGACGUGGUGAGGAGGCCCCGAGCUUCCCAGGAACUGGCUGGAGAUGCCCCUCCACCCCGUCCGCCACCCCUGCCCCUGCGACCAGGCCCUCAGGCGACACCCCCUGUGGCCGAAGAACAGCCGCCUCUGCAGCCAUCUGUUGUGCCUCCCUACCCUUUGCCCUACAGCCCGUCCCCCGCCCUGCCCAUGGGCCCCACUGCCCAGGGAGCCCUGCAGCCGGCCCCCUUCCCUGUGGUGGCCCAGCCCUCUGCCUCGUACAGUGGGCCUCUGGGCCCUGCCUACCCGUCAGCCCAGCCGGGACCCAGGUCUGCUGCAGGCUACCCCUGGUCCCCACAGAGGAGCACUCCACCUCGGCCGGGCUUUCCUGUAGCCCCGACUAGCACCUCUGGCCCUGGGUACCCCUUGGCGGGGGGCAGGGCCCCUAGUCCUGGCUAUCCUCAACAGACCCCCUACCUCCCCACAGGAGGAAAGCCCCCCUACCCAACACAGCCUCUGCUCCCAGGCUUCCCAGGACAGCCCCAGCCCUCAGUGCCCCCUCGGCCCCCGUAUCCCCCAGGGCCUACUCCUCCAUAUGGGUUUUCCCCACCCCCAGGCCCUGCCUGGCCUGGAUACUAGCCGUGGUUUGGCUCCUUGGCCCUUCCCUCCUCCACCUGCACCACGGCCUUUAGCCCACCUGUCGCUGAGAUUUGAGGUUAAUGGGAAGUGAGUUAGUGCUCCCCGUGGGCCUGCAUCAGCACAAGGAGGCCCCAGGGGCACCUGGCCAGGGGCAUACAGGACCCCCAAAGGCACUGAGGGUGUGUGUGACAGGUUGGCUAUGACAGAAGCCCGCAGAACUUGCUGAUCUUCUGGCCAGAGGCCCUCCUGGGAGCCGCUCCUGUCGGUAACUGGCUCUAGGUUGCAGGUCCUGCAGGCCAGCGGGAGCCAGGGCUAGUGGCGUGUGCAUGCAUUUGUGCACAUCCUCUCGUGUCACUUCCAAGAACAUCUGAACUCCUUGCAGAGUUAUCUCAGUGACAAGGUGGCCUGGGGUCCCCACCCCGCCCACCCCCUACCUCUCCCCUGGGAUUUGGCAUAUUUGACAUGGAGUCCCAAUCCAAGGGAUACAGCUCUUGGUGUAAGACCAUUCAAGAAUGUUCUGCCUCACAUACCCCAGCUAGGGGUAGUCUGGAGGGAGAGAACAGAAUUGGGAAAAAACAGUGAUUUUAUGUCCUGUGAAGCCAUAAUUUAACCCCAGUAGGCUGGGGACAGAAGCUCCGUGUGCUGCUCUGAAUGCCAGCAGCGCCUGCAUAGCGAAUGGGCUGGGAUGUGAAGCCGACCCUAACCUUGCUUGCAGGUUGGAGAAUCCAGGGGUCAUCUUGGACCCUCUGGCUGGGGGAAUGGAGAAGCUCUAGCCUGGGAGAUUGUGGUCACGUUUGGGCUCAGCUAGGAGUUGGGGCACCUCCCAGCCACCCUUUCCUUCUCAGGGCCCCCCACUUCUGGCUGGCUUUUCUGAGGCCCACCCACCCACCUACCUAUUCCUUUAGUGCCUUGAAUCUCAUUCUCAAGCAACCCCCUCUGUCCUUCAUCUCCCCAUGUAUGCCUUCCUGGUCCCCAUAUCCCUGUAGACAUCGUCGAAAGACACCCUAACAGUGACUUCCCAAAUGGUGCUUUCCAAAACACCAUCACUACACCGGGGUCAGUUUCUCUGCACCUCUCGUCUUCAGAAUGUAAAGGGCAGGGAUUGUGACAGUCACAUGCAGCCCUAGCACACUGGGAUUUUAAACAUGUGCAGUAGUAAAAAUGACUACACUAGGCCAAAGGGGGUGACGAAUGAAGCAUUAACUUUGUACCAGAUGUGAACCAGGUCUCGGCGGAUCCUGGAGCUGCUACGGGUUAGGAAGUUGUAUGUGCCUUGAGACAUCCACUCCCCGAGUACCCAGCCUCUGGUGGGCCUGGGGGUGUGGGGGCCAAGGAGGAAACCUCACCUUCUGGUGCCUGCCCCCGUCCCGGGCCUGUGUGCCGUCUGUGGGUGUGCGUGAUGCUAGAUUAGCGCUGCCAGUUCCUCUCCAACUGUGCUUGCUUCUCGUAAGUUAUUUAUGAAGAGAAAUCACUAAUGGAGUCUGCUGAGUGCUUCUGGACUGGAUGAAUGAUCGCCUGUGUGUUCGUGUAAUUAAUUGCCCUAAUAAACUUCCAUGAGUAA